GGUAGAUGGAUUGUAACGAUGUCGUAACUAAAUAUUUGUUGUGAUCCACUGAUAGAAACAGUGAGGAUAUUUACAUUUAGCCGUGCGAGGUAAUGGUUUUCUCGCGCGCCUGUGCGCGCGGCGAAUGACUGACUUGUGAGGCGCCGCCGAGGAGAACGUGCGCUCUACAAGUAACGAUGAAGAGGAUAUCCCAUCAACAGGGGGACACAAACCGACAAUAAUUAUUAUACCUAUGAUGCUGAGUUGUCAUUUUACAAACAUAACAAUGUAAUGGGUGCGAACAUCGGCAAAGACAACAAGAAACAGGGCCCAUCUGUGGACAGCAGGUCAACCCUCCCGGGAUGGCAGGUGUUGCUGUCGAUCACGGGGGUCCUGCGCAACAGGCACCUGGGCGCGCUCAGCCAUCCCACCAGGCGCAUGCUGCAGGACAAACAGACCCCCAUCCCGGAGUCUCUGCUCUUGGACCCUGAGAGGCCUCGCAUGGAGUGGACUCUCCCGGGGUUCAUCUCCCUCUUUCUGCCCGAGUUUCCACACCGCAGUUUAGCUGGACAAGUUAACCUUCAGAUACUGGAACUCAUAGCUAAAGGCUCAUUUGGGCCCAUCCUGAAAGUAAAAGAUUGUACAGAGGAGAAGAUUUAUGCUGUGAAGGUCAUACCCAAGUCAGAGAUCCUAAAGCAAGGUGUUCUGGAGCAGUCAAAAGAAGAGGUCAUCAUUCAGAGGCAGGUCAGACAUCCAUUUCUCCACAAUCUCCUGGACUGCUGGCAGACUCAUCGCCACCUCUUUAUUAUGUGCGACUACUGCAGUACCGGGGACUUGUACACCUAUUGGACUCUGAAUGGGCGGUUUAAGGAGGCAGAGGUGCGGGUGUACGCUGCGGAGCUGGGCUGUGCCUUGGGUUUCUUACAUGAUUUUGGCAUCAUGCACAGAGAUGUGAAGAUGGAGAAUGUUCUCUUGACUGACCAAGGUCACCUGCGCCUAGCUGACUUUGGGCUGUCUCGGCGCCUGGAGCGUGGGGGAAGGGCUUACACCAUCUGUGGGACAAUCCAAUACAUGGCUCCGGAGGUCCUGGGCGGAGGUCCUUACAACCACGCCGCUGAUUGGUGGUCCCUUGGCAUUCUGUUAUAUGCCUUGGCUACUGGAAAGUUCCCCAUCGCUCCAGAGCCCAACCAUGAUAUGAUGCUGGAAAGAGUGCAGAGAGGAUCCUACAGCAUGCCAGCGACCUUCAGCCCAGCGCUGUGCUUGCUCCUCACAGAUCUGCUGUGCAAGUCCCCAUGCCAGCGUCUGCACUGCCUGGAGCGCUUCAAGAUGCAGCGGUUCUUCUUCGGCACCUCCUUCGACUCCCAGCUCCUGCAGAAGACGCCCAUAGAGCUGAUCCUGGAGUUGAAGAACCACCCCGACAGACCCGAGAAGGCCCGGAGAGGCAUGGACGACGAUCCCUUCAAGAACUUUGAUUAUGACUUUUUCAGUUCCCUGUCCAGCCCCACAACGGACUUAUCACCAACCCUUGUCAACGCCACUGAGCCCAGCCAGCUUCUGGUGACGGCUGGAUCAUGCGAGUCGAUGCACCUGUGGCAUUCACAUAACGGACUGCCUCACACCGAGAGAAGCGUGGCGAUAGUUUGAUAGUUUUAUCGGUGCCAUUUUUUCCUUAAAAUGCCUGAUUGUAAAGAGGAUUUAUGUUUUUUUUAUUUUGUAUUUUAGUUGAACGAUACCUCCCAAACACACUGUGUUUUAUAUACAACGCUUGGCUUUUUUAAUUUGCCUCUGGAUCAAUAA